AUGAAUGCCCAGGAUGCUAGAAUGCAUGUGCCAAGUUGGCGUGGCCAUGACCGCAAGGCCUCGCGGAGCGUUGCUUCGAGCACAAGGAUUCGGAAAUGCAGAAUCUCAGAGUGUCUCGGAUUGACAAAGAGGGCCGUUUCUGAAGUGCCACCUGCCCCAAACGUUUCAUGUGCUGGGAAACCAGUGGACCAGGAUCUCAUGCAGCAAAGCAUCGACAAGGACUGCCAGAUGUCCCUCGAGCUGAAGAUGAAGUUUCGCGUCGGCUCCCGUGCCAAAGACCAGGGCUCCAGUGCCCAAGACGAUGCAGCAGAUCCUCUUCCGCCCUCUGCCAAGUAA